GCCGGAGCGGAGGGAGGGCCGGAGGCAGCGCCGGGCCGGGCCGAGCGGGGCCGCGGGAGCAGCACAGCCGGACGGGACGGGACGGCCCCGCCGCCCGGGGCAGCCGGAAGAAAAUGAACCUGAAAUCUGAACGCAGAGGAAUCCACGUGGAUCAGUCGGAGCUCCUGUGCAAGAAGGGAUGUGGUUACUAUGGCAAUCCUGCUUGGCAGGGAUUUUGCUCCAAGUGCUGGAGAGAGGAAUACCAUAAGGCCAGGCAGAAGCAAAUUCAAGAGGAUUGGGAGCUGGCAGAGCGGCUUCAGCGUGAGGAGGAAGAAGCCUAUGCCAGUAGUCAGAGCACCCAAGGGGCCCAAUCAUUGACCUUUUCAAAGUUUGAGGAGAAGAAAACCAAUGAGAAGACACGAAAGGUCACGACUGUGAAGAAGUUCUUCACUGCUUCUUCCAGAGCAGGAGCUAAGAAGGCCUCUCCAGAGAAAAUCCUUAAGCAAGGACAGACCGGCAGGGAGAGAAAUGCUGAUAACAUUCUCAGGGAUUUGAAGGAGAUUUUUACUCCCUCCUGGGAACUGGCUUCCCCUUCUGAAGUGUUGGCUGGCAAGUUGAAAGCAGAGAUCCAAGAAGCCAAAGCUCCCAGCCCUUCCAUAAACAGGCAGGCAAGCAUCGAGACAGAUCGAGUGUCCAAGGAGUUCAUAGAAUUUCUCAAGACAUAUCACAAGCCUGGACAGGACAUCUAUAAGCAAUGUAAACUAUUUUUGGACACAAUGAAUCAUAAAAGGGACUUAAGUAUUGAGGAGCAGUCAGAAUGUGCCCAGGACUUCUACCAAAAUGUAGCAGACAAGUUACAGACCCGUUGGAAAGUGCCCCCCGAAAAAGUUGAGAAGGCGAUGGAUCAGAUUGAAAAGUACAUCAUGACUCGGCAGUAUAAAUAUGUCUUUUGCCCUGAAACAACUGAUGAUGAGAAGAAAGACCUUGCUGUCCAAAAGAGAAUCAGGGCUUUGCACUGGGUGACUCCCCAGAUGCUGUGUGUUCCUGUCAAUGAAGAAAUUCCAGAGGUCUCUGAUAUGGUUGUAAAGGCAAUUACAGAUAUUAUUGAAAUGGACUCGAAGCGUGUCCCCCGUGAUAAAUUAGCCUGCAUCACCAAGUGCAGCAAGCACAUCUUUAAUGCUAUUAAAGUCACAAAAAAUGAGCCAGCCUCUGCUGAUGACUUCCUGCCCACACUCAUAUACAUCGUCCUGAAGGGGAACCCGCCCCGCCUGCAGUCCAACAUCCAGUACAUCACCCGCUUCUGCAACCCCAGCAGGCUGAUGACAGGAGAGGAUGGAUACUAUUUCACCAACCUGUGCUGUGCUGUGGCCUUCAUUGAAAAGCUGGAUGCUCAGUCUUUGAAUCUAAGCCAAGAAGAUUUCGAUCGUUUCAUGACGGGUCAGACGUCCCCCAAGAAGCAGGAAUCUGACAGCUUCUCACCCGACGUGUGCCUGGGGGUUAAACAGAUGUGUAAGAGCUUAGACCUCCUCUCUCAGUUGAAUGAGAGACAGGAAAGAAUUGUCAGCGAAGCCAAGAAACUGGAGAAAGACCUGAUAGAUUGGACUGAUGGAAUCACAAAGGAAGUGGAAGACAUUGUGGAGAAGUAUCCCUUAGAAAUAAAACCAAAAAGCCAAGCCUUAGCAGCCAUUGACUCUGAAAAUGUGGAGAAUGACAAGCUGCCCCCACCACUGCAGCCUCAGGUCUAUGCAGGAUAAUUAUCAGUGUUAACUCUGAAAAGCAGCAUUAUCCUCACCUAGUACUAUCUGCUACUUGGGAAGGGAAAUAAAUUUAAGGCUAAAAAAAAUCAGACGGGCUUAAAUCAGUACAUUUUUAAAGGUACAUUUUUCUUUUUUUUUUUUUUUUGUCAAGUGUAAUGAAUUGUAUUUAUUUUAGUCGAGUAGAUUUCUAUUAGGCUUUUGUGGGUUUUUGAACUGAAUUUAAAAUUUUCUACACAAACUGGUGUAAUUUUUAAGCAACACUAGUCCAUUGACAUCUUUCCUGAAAGCUUCCUUCUAAGCAUGCACUUACUUGUUUUUAAUGAUUAGUUUAACCUGGAUCCGAGUUCCAGCAGUGACUCAGAAAGGUACCAAUGUCAGUUUGAAUUCAUUCUGUAGCUGUAAAGAUGAAAUAUAUAUUGUAAAAUAUGUAAAAUUGUAAAUAGAUUUAAAACCUGAUGUCUCAACUCUGCAUGACAGCUUGUGUACGAGUGAAAAUUAUCUAAAAGUGUUCGUUUUAGCACCUUUCAGCUCCAUCAUGUUGCAGUGUGAAGGCAAAAACACUGUUAGUAUUUAGAUAAGCUGGAUGGGAGAACUGAUGAAUUACAGAGGAUAUUGUUGAAAUGAUUUGAAAACUUGACUCUCAAUCUGCUUUGUAAAAAAAAAAAAAAAAAAGGAAAAAGUGCUAUUUAAAAAUGCCAUUUCUCUCCAUGUAAACCUUCUCCCUGCUCUGUCAGGACACCUGGUAGCCUUGAGUGGUGCACAAAAGUUGCUGAUAUCACUGCUUUGGAAGAGAAUGUGGAGCCAGGUUUCAGCAACAGGAAGGAGUAUUUGUAUUAAAAAAUUCCAUAAAGUGGAACAAAAGGUGGGACGGGAGAAAGAAGAUCGUGCAAGAGUUGCACCGAAAGUGGCUUUCUCUUCUGGCAUUGCCUGGUCAUUUGCAAGUGGGAUAAGUCUCGGUUGAUUUUUUGACAAUCCUGGUAGAUAAAUAAGUUCAUAUAAUUAGAGGUUGCCUUUUAGAAGAAGCAUGAGCAGAAAAAUGCACUUUAUUUUCACGGAACAUCAAUCUUCUGAUCUUUGGUGACCCCUUUAGCAAAGGGUUUGACCUUGAACAUCAAGGUAAAUACGGCUUUGUGUCACUAGAAAGUCUAGAUCUGGCGUAUUUCAAGAAUAACAGCUCACUCCAUGCAAAAGUAACCUCUUGCAAUAUAACUUUUUUAUGCUAGUGAAACAUUUUGUAUAUAUCUAUCAUUUGAAGCAUCUUCCAGCUCAGCCAGUCCCACCGUGACUCGUUUGUGUACCUGAGAUACCGAACACGGAGCUGCUUUUCAGCAAUGUUAAGUUCUUACCAUCAAGGAGGAAAGUACCUACCUCUUUUAUUCAGUUCCACUGCUUUUAAAACACUGCUCUAUUAAAUUUGCACUGCAAUAAUUUCAGACCACGACUGUGAUUUGUCCCUUCCUGGCAGAUGUAUUUAUCCUUAUGAACUAUGCAUCCCUGGUGUUCCCACAUAACCAAGCUCCCCAAGCACCACUGCUGAGGUGCAGCAGUGAGCUAACAAGGAAUUAAAUUUCCAUAUCAAUUAUUCGGUGUAUCCGUGUGUCACUGCGCCCAAAUUGCUUCGGAUCCGACCAGUGCUUGCAGUAAAUAAUACUUAAAUAUGGUUUUUAAACACUAGGUGCUAUCUCUGAUAUCCAGGUACACAGGUUUUCCUGAGGCAGGGUGGGGGGAAGGGGAGUAAACUUUUAGCCAUUGUGUAAAUUACCAUGUUUAAAUAAAAGUGUGUACAUUAAGUCCUUGUUAA